AACGUUUUUUACUUUCAGAUACAUUGUUUUUAUGUGCGGUGACGGUUAUACGCGCGUGUUGACAAAUCAAGUGUUCGUGGUUUAAAAAAAAAAUAAAUUAAUAUUAAUUUUAAUAAAAUAUAUAUAGUAUCUUCUUUAAACUUUCAUUAUGGCACCUAAUAAUAAUGACAAUGAUCCCAUUAAUCCUAAUCAAUAUCUGCAAAUACCAAAAUGGAUCAAUGAAGACUAUUUUAUUCCCAUACUAGAAAAAGAUAUACCAGAUUUCGUAAGAAUAGUUAAUUUUACAACAAUUGCUGCUACUGCACCCGGAGAGAAUUAUACUUCAAUAAUGGUUCGAGUUAUAAUGGAAAUAGAACUAAAAGAUGGCAGCAACACACAAUCUUCUUACAUUUUAAAAACAUGUUUGGAAGGCGGUAAUCAAGGUGCAGAACUUGUUUCAAACAUGAAUCUCUUCCCAAAGGAGAAACAGAUGUACCAAACUUUACUACCACAAUUUGUAAAACUCUAUAAACAGGCAGGAGUUGAUAUAAAAUUAUCUGCUAAUUGCUUGCACGUUGAAGAAACUCCGGAACGCAUAACGUUGGUCUUAGAAGAUUUGAGUAGAAAAAAGUUUAUGAAUGUGAAUCGUUUGAAAGGUUUCGAUAUGGAACACAUGCGAUGUGUAUUACACAAACUAGCUGAACUGCAUGCUGCAUCUGCGGUUUAUUAUCAUCUGAAUGGACCUUAUGAUGAAAUUUACAGCAGCACUUUCUUCAACGAAAGCAAUCGACCAAUAUUUGAAGGAAUGGCUGAAUCAAGAAAACAAGCCUAUUUUAGAGCUAUGCGUGAAUGGGAUCUAGAAAAUGUAGAAUAUUACAUUGCCAAAUACCCGGAUAAUGAUGAUUACUUCGAUGCAGCUCUGUCAUUGAAUGAAACCGAUCCAAAUGAAUUUAACGUACUGAACCACGGAGAUACUUGGGCAAAUAACAUUAUGUUUCGUCACGAUAAUGAAGGAAAUAUUGAACAGACAAUUUUUGUUGAUUAUCAAGUUGGUAGAUGGGGCACACCUGCACAAGACCUAUGGUAUCUAAUUGUUACAUCAGCUAGCUUAGAUAUUAAAAUUAAAGAAUUUGAUAAUUUUAUUCGUAUAUAUCACAAACACUUAGUGAAGUGCUUAAAUCUUUUAAAAUAUCAAAAACCUAUUAUAACACUUAGAGAGCUACAUAUAAUGAUGCUAAAAUAUGGUUUAUGGGGACCUCUCACUGCUGGUGGUGUUAUGGUAGCUGUCCUCCUCCCAUCCGAUAAAGACGCUAAUAUGGAAACUAUGUUAAAAACUGGACCCGAAGGUGAAGAGUUCAAAUAUAAAACAUUCAUUAAUCCUUAUUAUGCCAAAGCCAUGAGUCAAUUGUAUCCAUUUUUCGACAAUAAAGGAAUUUUGGAUAUAAUUAAAAAAAAAAAUAAAGAUUGACAGUGCAAAUUAGAAUAUAUGGAAUAUGUGUAUAUUUAUAUGCAGUAUUAAGCAGUUAAUUUUUAAACAUU